CCCUCGCCGCCGCCUCCCUCCACCUCACCGUCUCCGCCGCCGCCGUCCACCUCACCGUCACCGCCCCCUCCCUCCGCCUCGCCCUCGCCGCCGCCGCCGUCCACCUCACCGUCACCACCGCCUCCCUCCGCCUCACCGUCUCCGCCGCCGCCGUCCACCUCACCGUCACCACCGCCUCCGUCCGCCUCACCAUCGCCGCCGCCUCCUUCCGCCUCACCAUCGCCGCCGCCUCCCUCCGCCUCGCCCUCGCCGCCGCCGCCGUCUGCGUCGCCCUCGCCGCCGCCUCCCUCCGCCUCAACAUCGCCGCCGCCUCCCUCCGCCUCGCCCUCGCCGCCGCCUCCCUCCGCCUCACCGUCGCCGCCACCUCCGUCCGCCUCGCCGUCGCCACCGCCUCCCUCCGCCUCGCCCUCGCCGCCGCCUCCCUCCGCCUCGCCCUCGCCGCCGCCUCCGUCCGCCUCGCCGUCGCCACCGCCUCCCUCGGCAUCGCCGUCGCCGCCACCGCCGUCCGCCUCGCCCUCGCCACCGCCUCCCUCCGCCUCGUCCUCGCCGCCGCCUCCGUUCGUGUCGCCCUCGCCACCGCCUUCCUCGGCAUCGCCGUCGCCACCGCCUCCCUCCACCUCGCCCUCGCCGCCGCCGCCGUCCGCGUCGCCCUCGCCGCCGCCUCCCUCCGCCUCGCCCUCGCCGCCGCCUCCUUCCGCCUCACCAUCGCCGCCGCCUCCCUCCACCUCGCCCUCGCCGCCGCCUCCGUCCGCCUCACCAUCGCCGCCGCCUCCCUCCGCCUCGCCCUCGCCGCCGCCUCCCUCCACAUCACCGUCGCCGCCGCCUCCGUCCGCCUCGCCGUCGCCACCGCCUCCCUCGGCAUCGCCGUCGCCGCCACCGCCGUCCGCCUCGCCCUCGCCACCGCCUCCCUCCGCCUCGCCGUCGCCGCCGCCUCCGUCCGCAUCACCAUCGCCGCCGCCUCCGUCCGCAUCACCAUCGCCACCGCCUUCCUCGGCAUCGCCGUCGCCACCGCCUCCCUCCGCAUCGCCGUCGCCACCGCCUCCCUCCGCAUCGCCGUCGCCACCGCCUCCCUCCGCAUCGCCGUCGCCACCGCCUCCCUCGGCAUCGCCGUCGCCGCCGCCUCCCUCGGCAUCGCCGUCGCCGCCACCGCCGUCAGCAUCGCCGUCGCCACCACCGCCCUCCGCAUCAACAUCGCCGCCGCCAUUCUCGGCAUCGUCGUCGACACCGCCGCUCUCGGCAUCGCCGAUGAAAUCACUGUCGUCCGGAUCAUCCACGAAUACAAAAUUGUCCGCAACGUCGUUGACACCUCAAUUCUCCGUAUA